AUAUUAACGCAAGAGUUCAGUACGCUCUUGUCACCGCGGAUCAAGCACGUUGUUUUGAUAAGAUAUCAGUAUACGUUGAUAUAAUUAUUAGAAGUCAGAAAAUGGUUCAAGAGAAACUUGUGUUUGUUGGUUUACUAGCCUCCUCAAAAUCUCUAAAAGAUCUAUCAAUAUUUACUGGAUUCUUGGCUGUCGAACAUGGAAAGAUUACCCGGCAAGGAUCCAUUGCUGAAUUUGAAGCCAUGAAUAAUGCGGGAACAUUUUCUGACUACAACAUAAUUAAAUUGAAGAAUGACCAGUUCCUCAUACCGGGUUUUGUAGAUUGUCACACACAUGCCCCACAAUUCCCCAAUAUAGGUCUCGGAUUAGAUCGUGCACUGUUAGAAUGGCUAUCAAAGUACACAUUCCCUUUAGAGAAACGCUACAGCAAUUUGGAGUUCGCAGCAAAAGUUUACGACACUGUGGUUCAAAGACUUUUAACGAACGGUACCACAACGGCCUGUUAUUUCGGAUCACUGCACUUGGAGGGCACUCUGGAAUUAGUAAAAACUGCUAUAAAGCGCAACCAGAGGGCACUGAUAGGCAAAGUAAGCAUGAAUGUCAAAAAUGAUACCGGAUAUUACAAUAAUACUGAGAAAGAAAUAGAAGAAGUUGAAAAAUUCAUCCAAGAAGUAUUCAAAUAUAAGAACGAGUUGGUGCAACCCGUUGUAACUCCAAGAUUCGCAGUCAGCUGUGAUAAAGAAUUAUUAACAGCAUUAGCAAAUAUAUCACAGAAAUAUCAGUGCAGAAUUCAGAGUCACCUAUCAGAAAACCGCGACGAAGUGGACUACGUUUUAAAAAUGAAUUCGGAUUGUAAAACAUAUUCAGGUGUUUAUAACAAGUGUCAAAUUCUAAAUGAAAGAUGCAUCAUGGCCCAUGCAAUACAUCUGUCUGAUGAAGAAAUACGGUUAUUAGCUCAUAAGGGUGUGUCAAUAGCGCACUGUCCAGCUUCUAAUACCCGACUCAAAUCUGGACUCUGUCCAGUAAGAAAAUACUUAGAUAACAACCUUACAGUCGGACUGGGAACAGAUGUAUCGGGCGGCGAUAAUGCAUCAAUAAUAGAUGCAAUGCGGAGAGCAAUGGAUGUGUCGACCCAUUUAGAGCUAAACGGGAACAACGAUUACAGCAUCAGUUGGAAGGAGGCCUUCUAUUUGGCGACUAUGGGGGGAGCUAGAGCAUUGAAAUUAGACGACAAAAUUGGCAAUUUUGACGUCGGCAAAGAAUUCGACGCCCUUCUAAUUGAUGUGUACGUAAAUGGGAGCCAGAUAGACGAGUACGAGUCGACGGAGAGUGCAGCAGAGCACGCAGUAUCUUUGUUGCAGAGAUUUGUAUAUUUAGGUGAUGACAGAAACAUAGUGCAAGUCUAUGUGAGAGGAAAGAAGGUCAAAGACUUAUUAAAUUGAUAAAAAUUAAAUAAAAAUUAUAACAACUGAAGAUAGGAAUCAACGCUAUGAAUGAAUGAAACAACAAUUUCAAAUAUCUUUUUUAUUUUCGUGUAAUUCUUUAUAAUUUGUAUAGAAAAUGUGCAAAUAUAAUGUGACAAUAAAAACUCAAGCAAAUACCGUAGUAAUAAUACUUAAAGGAAUUAUAUUUAUCAAUUCCGACAUGAAUAAUUAUAAAAGAAAGUAAUUAAUAUGAAAAAUCUUAUUGAUAUUAAACAAGUAUUGUUCUAAAGAUGGGCCAAGUCCCAUCUUAAAAUUUAUAUUGUACAAAUUCAGUUCAACUAUACAAAAUACUAUAGAAAUUAAGUCAGUGACAAUUUUGUUAAAGCUCUGAGAUCUAUAUUAAUAAAAAUUUUAUGACAGAAAAUAAUACUUAAAAUGCAUCUGGUAUCGUUAAAUACUUAAGUCGGUGGAAUGAUAAGUAGUGAUAUAUUCGAGUUUUAGUAAUAAAUUAUAAUAACAUAUGAACAGUCUUAUAAAAUUAAAAUUAUACUAUCUAAACAUUAGAACAACUUAUAUUUUAUUGUACAAAAACUCGUAUUUAGUUAAUAAUAAACUUCAAAACGUUAAUUUGUUUAAAAAAAAUAGGACGCACUUGAAUAAAGACAAGACUAUAUGUAUAUAGCUAGUAAUGUUUAACUACAUUUACUUUACAAACAUUUUGUUCUCCGUUAUCGGUACACGAAUAUAGAACUGGUUCGAUCCAUUAUGACAAUUAUCAUAGUGAAAUAGCAAAUGGCCUGAUUUCUGAAAAUUGCUACAGUUUAACAACUAGGUACAUUCGUUUAAUACCCUAUUUCUAAUCGAUGAACACAGGAGCUUGGACGUAUACAUCCAAGAAAUGCAAGCCAGGUAUCAUUAUACACCAAUACAAUAUUAAUAAUACAUUAAAAAUAUUACACUUUAUAAUCAAACUACUGGGAAUAGUCCGAAUGUGUCAUUUAAAACUUUAAAUUUGAGACCUUCGAUAAUAUAUUCUAACAUCUUUUUUUUUUUAAUCUUUCGUUUACAUUUUCUCAAUCGUUGAUUUUUCUUUGUCUCUUAGCAUACAGAUGAUCUUAGCAAGUCACAAAGAAACCGUUUUAAGAGGUCGCCUUCACUAAGAAUUGUCUAUCAAAUAUUGUGGUUAUUGCUUGCCGAAAAGAAUAUGUAUUACAUGAAAAUCUAAUUUGCAAAAAAUAUACUCGUAUUACCGUAAUUAAACGGGUAUUUAUUGAACUUACUUGUAAUGUGUUUGUCAUUUCUGACAGUUAGGUUAGUUACCUAUUUCUAUUUCAUCCCGAUGUCUUCUUCAAAGUGAAUACGGUAUUUACGCGCAUCCCAAUAUUUACUAAAAAGAAUUGACAAGUUAACCUUACAAUUUUUAGCAAGGACGACCUCUUUAUAGAAAAUUUGUUUUUAUCCUCUUUAAUAGAGGAACAAACACUCACUCUAUCCUACGAACCGAGUCUGGAUCGGCUUAAAUGUUACACAAUCUCAAUAGUCCACAUUAAUCAAUUAAAUACAAUGCAAUCAAAAUAAGAAUGACUACUUAUAUCGAGGCAACAAUAUAAAUCGUUGAUUUCUAAUGCUAAAGAUUUUUCGCAAACAGUACUUUUAAAGUGACAGUUACAAAAAGCAACGCACGAAAUUAUUUGCGAAUACAGUCUAACAAAGAAAUAAUU